AUGUCUGGUCAUGUUGCACGUGGCUCUGCCUCCGGCCAAGAUCGAUCCCUCGACGCAGAAAUGGUACUUGUCGAUGGCAAGGGUGACGGAACGUCAUCCCCAGAGGUUACUGCCUAUUUGCACAGUGACGAGGACGAAUCCCCACCUGUCAUUCUUGCACCGCCACCUGAUGGUGGCCUCAAAGCAUGGGCACAGGUUGUCAUGGGCCACCUCAUAUUGAUCAACGGCUGGGGCUACUUGUCUUCCUUCGGCCUGUACGAGUCCUACUAUACAACAUCCCUCUCCUUGUCACCUUCGAGCAUUUCUUGGAUUGGCUCCGUUCAAAUCUUUCUCGUCUAUGUGGUUGGAACAUUCUCUGGAAGAGCGCUGGACGCUGGGUAUUAUCACACGGUGCAAGCAGCAGGAUCCUUCCUCCAAAUCCUUGGCAUAUUCAUGACCUCGGUCUCGACGGAGUACUGGCAGAUCUUCCUAGCACAGGGCGUUUGCAAAGGCCUUGGUGAUGGCCUGGUGUUCUGUCCGACCGUGUCCCUGGUCGCCACCUAUUUCUCCAAAAAGCGCUCUCUGGCUAUGGCCUUCACUGCCUCCGGUGGAGCUACAGGUGGCAUCAUCUUUCCUCUCAUCUUCCAACAGUUGGAGCCGCGAUUAGGAUUUGGCUGGACAGUCAGAAUCAUGGGAUUCGUUGUCCUUUUCAACGCUGUGGCAGCCGCACUGCUUGCUCGUUAUACUUUGCCUACUUCUACAUCNAGCUCCUUUGGCAAGAAGAUCAUCGGCGUCUCCUCUUCGACUUCACUGACGAUACUCCUUGUCAUGAACGCAGUAGGCAUACCGGGCCGUCUAAUCUGCGGCCUUACAGCAGACCGCUUGUUGGGCCCCAUCAACACUCUAAUCCCAGUCGCCUUGUGCGCUGGUCUCCUGUUUUACUGCUGGUCCGCGGUCACAUCUCUAGGCGGUCUCUUUGCUUUCUGCAUCGUGUAUGGAUUUUUUGGCGCCGGCAUACAAAGUCUUNNUUUUCCCGCCGCUUGCGCCAGUCUCACUUCUGACGUCAAGAANAUGGGUGUCCGUACCGGAAUGUGUUUUACGGUGGUGUCGCUUGCUUGUUUGAGCGGUCCACCUAUAGCUGGAGCGCUCAUUGAGAGGGAUCAUGGGCACUACCUCUUUGCGCAGAUGUUUGGAGGUUCUGCGAUCGUGGGUGGUGCUUUGAUACUUACGGCAGCCAAACUCUCAAGGAAAAGACUGGAGGUCAAGUAG